GGGUAUCGAGUACUUGUAGCUGUCAGUUGUAUUGCCAUACAUGCCGCAGCCUACUUCACGUCGUUGAAUAUAUUGGGAGUGACUAAGUCUAAUGUACAAAGUGUGAGAGCAUAAUACACGAAAAAAAAAGAAUAGAAAAACGCAUUAAGAACGGCGGCGCGCAAGGAUUAUUGGAUUUUACCUAACACAGACACACAGGCAUCCCAAUCGGUUGGAGUAGGAGGACCAAAACAUUUAAAAACACAACAAAAUGGGUGCAAGGGAAGACGAAUACGAUUAUCUUUUCAAAGUUGUGCUUAUCGGUGACUCUGGCGUCGGUAAAAGUAAUUUGCUGUCACGUUUCACGCGCAAUGAAUUCAAUUUGGAGUCCAAGUCCACAAUUGGAGUGGAGUUUGCAACGCGCAGCAUAGAGGUCGACGGAAAAACAAUUAAGGCGCAAAUUUGGGAUACGGCAGGCCAGGAGCGUUAUAGAGCCAUUACCUCUGCAUAUUAUCGCGGUGCUGUUGGGGCGCUGCUUGUCUACGACAUUGCCAAGCAUUUGACGUACGAGAACGUAGAGCGAUGGCUACGGGAGCUGCGCGACCAUGCCGAUCAGAAUAUUGUUAUUAUGCUGGUGGGCAAUAAGUCCGAUUUGCGGCACUUGCGCUCGGUCCCGACGGAUGAGGCGAAACUGUUUGCGGAGCGCAACGGUUUAAGUUUCAUAGAAACAUCAGCUCUGGACUCGACAAACGUUGAAACCGCAUUCCAAAAUAUACUCACAGAGAUCUAUCGCAUUGUGUCGCAGAAACAAAUUAGAGACCCGCCUGAAGGCGAUGUCAUUCGCCCCUCGAAUGUGGAGCCCAUCGACGUAAAGCCGACUGUCACAGCUGAUGUUCGUAAGCAGUGCUGUCAGUGACCGCCCCAAGGAUACGCCGCGGCAGCAGCAGCCCCCCGCAGCAACAGCCAGAACAGCAGCAAUAGCAAGAGCAACAACAAUUACAACUACAACAACGGCAUAAGAUGUUAUUUUUUAAACCACAGCCACAAGCAGUUUGUCAUAUAUGCAUAAAAAUAAUAAUAAUAAUAACACCAACCGCAACAUCAACACCCGGCUGUAGUUAACUGCAGUUUAAACUGAACUUUUAUAUAUAAAUGAAUGAAUAUAUAUAAAUGAAUAAUGAAUAAUAUAUUGCAGAAAGAUUCAAUGGCUCUUCGACAUCUGAAGAAAAAAA